GUAGUCGUGGACUCCGGCACUGGAGGGAACGUGUAGACUUGCUCUGAGCCCUUCUGUCAGACACCAGUUGGACGUAUGGCCUUUCCUAUCCCUGAUCACCUCCCGCGGCAGCUUGAUGUUUCAUCAACUGUUCUUUCCAAGUUUGAUUCUGCAACAUUACAGUCCCUGAAUUCGUCUUUUGCAUCCUCAUUAAUGAUUUGGAGUAGACAAAACUUCAUGACAGAAUACGUGCAGACUCUUCUAACUUCCAAAGGCAGCUGUUUUCGGCGAAGUCUCUCAAAGAACAACUGGAUACACUUUCUGGACAUGUCCAAGCCCAAAGCGUUGUGCUUUCGGACUCUAAGUCUGGUCUAGUCCCGGUCUUGCUUGAGGCUUUGGAAGGUCACCAAUUACUUGCCCAAGAGUCCUUGAAUGCAGAUGUCUCGAGUGAUUCUCUUUCAUACCUUUCGGAAUGUAGAGCACAGCUGGAUGC